GUGCCCCGCAUCGUGCUGUUGAACCCCCAGAUCCCAGUAGACGCGCAGAUCUGGAUCAAGGUCCAGUGCAACUCCAUGGUCGCAGUGGGAUCUUCCACGUCCUUCGUCGAGAGGCUUGAGAUUACACCAGUGAUUGCAGCGCACUGGGUGAAGUUCCUCAAGGAUGAGCGGGAUGCUGCUAAGAAGCGGGCUGCCGAUGACGCGCAGCUGGACGAUGCAGAUGCGGGCAGCUCCGGGAACAAGGGUGACGAUGGCAACGGCAGCCGCUUCAAGGGCUUCGAGGCGAAGUACAACAGAUUCGUCAAGGAGAACUACAGGGAGAUGUUCGACGGGCUUGAGGAUUUCAAGCGCGCAGCUUUAUUCAAGAAGAGGUGCGACGCUUUGCAGAUAUGGGACAGGCUGGUGGACUGGUGGGGGGAGUUCGUGGUGUUCGAGGAGCGUCGCAUGAAUCCGAAGGCCAUGUUCCUCGUGUUCGACAAGAUCGGGGACGUGUUGGCCAAGGACAGCUACCACGGGGCCUUUGGCGAUGCGAUGUUCGAGGUUCUCAAGUACGCGGUGCCGACCGUCUUUGAGCCCCAGCCCAAGGAUGACGAUGACGAUGGGGAGGCAGAUGUCGCGCAAGAGAUUGCUACUGACGUGGACUACGUGAACCACCCGGACCGCGACGUGCGCUGGAUAUUGCAGAAGACUUCUGAUUGUAAGCGCCUGGUGCAGCUGACCACUCCGAUGGCCGACUCUUCCAUCUUCAAAGAUGCGUUGUCCGCGAGCCCUGCCAAGCGUCUGCUGACGACGGUGGCGAACCCGAAGGCAAAAGGCAAGGCUAAGCCGAAGGGGUCUGCUAAGGCCGCCGUCACGCCAGAUGCCGUGGCACAUUGCACGCAAGCGGGAUCAACAGUCCGCUCGACCAUGUUCCUGGAUGACGUGAUGAACGCUGUUGUCCACCCAGUGCGGAAAAUUGAUCGUUCACAUUGGAAUACUGGUGAACUCCGCCGGAUGGUGAGGUUCGGAGUACUAUUGGGGAUGAAGCUCCAGUCGGACAAGGGGAAGGUUGUGUUCCAGUUCGGCGACAGAGACUCUGAGGAGGAACACUUCGCACUGUGGAAGAUGUUGCGCCCUCGCAUCAUGGAUCACUGUUACGACGUGCACAGCGAGCUCGUGGAGAAGCCCAAACCCGAGGGUGAUGAUAAAAACGACUGUGCAAAAGAUGGUGUGGCGUCGACACAUCAAGAUGAUGUUGAUAUGGCUUCAUGUUUGGCCUCGCUCAACAUGGCAAUCGGCAGCGACGGCAAGAAUCGGACGAGGACUAAGAAGCUGGUCGCCGACUUCCUCACCGACAACCCUCCCUUGCAGAACCUGACGUACCUCGAGCAGACACACGUUGUCGUGACCAGGAUCAGCUCGACUCUCUUGCGCUCGAAGGGCAGGGUGUACCCAGGAGACGAUCUGCAGGACAAAAAUGCAUGGGCCGAUGAGAAGCGCAAAGUUGACAAGGAGAGUACCAUGCUGACCAUCCGGCUCCAGUCGGUCGGCGCCUCCUUGGCCCAAUGGGUGGCUGAGCUCUGGGCUGACCAAUCCGACGUCGCGGCUACCCACCGCACGAGGUUCCUCUACAUUCAGAAGGCAUUGAAGCUGAUUGCAGAGAACGCGCAGUUCGGCAGCGAGCCCAUCAAGCAGUACAUCAUCAAUGGGAUCGAGUUCGGGGCCGCCGUGGAGGCCGACAUUUUCGGGUACGAUAGCGUAGAGAACGGGAACCCCUCCAGCGAGGCAUUGUGGCUCAGGGUGUUCGAGAUUGCCGAAAUCUUGAAGGGCCGAGUGGUGAAGAAGCCCGUCGUUGCAAUGUUGCGGAGCCGCGAAGCGCAGGUCAAGUCCAAGAUCGAGUGCGUGAAGAAGGCCGACAUCGUGAAGGCACUGCAGGUUGAGUUCCCUGGCGCAGUGCCCGAAGGUGUUGAUACCUUGGUCAAGUCAAUGGUUAUGCAGUUAUUGCUUCAGGAGCGGCUCCGACGGAUGGAUGCCCAAGAGCUUGCGGCGCUGCAAACAUGGAAGAGCUUACUCUGCCUGGGUUUUGAGGAAGGCGCCGACGCGCUUCGGAGGAAAGCCUCUGCCGUGGCCCUGCCCCUGACCGCUCCAGAUGCUGAGUCCAGCCCGCGCGGUGACAAUGCCGACAAUGCUGGCGCCGAGACGGCCGAGACGACGUCCGCGCAGCCUCAGAACACAGUGGUUGUGGCCUUGGAACAGUGCACUCAGGUAGAGAUCAACGGCAAGGAAUACUUCAUCCUCUUCAAGGGUAUGGGGGCUUGUGACAUGUCGCGCCGCCUGUGGAAGUGCGACGAGGCGAGCCGCUACCUGACGCAUGCCAUCAUGGAGGAGUGGCUGUUCGGUUGCGGGCCUGCCAUUGCCAAACCAGUGGGCGGCUCCAACGGCGGCGACGAUGCCGCCGCGGUGCCGCCGACGCCGAAGAAGCCCAAGACGAGGGUCGCAGGGAAGACCGAGCCUGCGGUGAUUGCAGCGAGGGAUGAGGACGCCGCGGUGGAGACCGCGGCCGAGAAGGUGGAGGUGGUCGUCGAGGACGAGAACGACGAGAACGAUGAGAAGGAGCAGCACCCGAAGCCGAUCUCUCUCCUCGAUGUGGGCCUUGACUUCCUGGUAGGCAGGGUGGUGAUAUACCCUGGCGCCUUCGUUGGAGAUGGAGCGCGCGUCGCAGCAGGCCGCGUGCACAUUGAGCAGCAGGAGCUCAACAUCUUCAUCGUGCCGAACGUUAACUUCAAGGGCCCCCGCAGCACCAUCAGCGCCCCCGCCUGGAGCGUGCCAGUCGUGGCGGACAAGGCGCAUGAGGAGGGCGCCAUGACCAUGAAGGUGGGCGCGUACACGCAGGUGAUCAAGGACGUGCCUGGGGUGGACGGCGGCGCCGUGAUGCUGGACCGCAGCUUCUUGAUGAUCAGGCCGGGGGCGGAGCUCUUGGCGAUUCAGCAGCGGAAGAGCGAGGAGGGGGCCCCGGCGGCGGCUGCGGGCACCGACGGGGAGUUCGCCCCGCUCGAGCUGGAGCCCCUGACCAGGCCAAAGUUCCCGUGGGAGUUCAAGGCCGCGGUCCAGGAGGACGAGAAGGCCCGCAAGGCGCUUGGCAAG